GUACUGCGAGAGAGGCAGCACGGGACCGCGCGGCCGAGCUCAGUCUGCCGACAAGGCGCGCCCCGGGCACACGUCCCAGUAGCAGCCAGCCCCAGCCAGGCCGUCUGGACCACCCCGCCUCUCCGACAGACUCAACAACCCGGCGCAUGUCCAAUCAGCUGAAGCGAAGAUAAGGAAGAGAAAACGAAGAAGACAGUCCCAACAUUUAGUCCCGUGACAUCGCCUAGCACUUACCGGCACUUCAGAAACCGCAGUGAGACUAGAAAGUGGUUUUAAUUAACAUACCACACGCAAAGCUUGCGUAAUCGGCUCGGCUUUCUAAAACGCGACCAAAGCUCUGUCGCAUGCAAACCAUACCGGGAGCAGAGUAACAGUGUAAAAAAAGUAAUUUAGGGAACGAAGCAAGGAGAGAAGAAAAAGUGUGUGUUUGAAAGGGAGAGGAAAGAAAAAAAAAAGUGAAAACAUCGUCAAGUGUCGCAAGAAACACGAAAGUUUUGUAGACGCUUUCUUUGCAACUUCUGAGAUCCGUUAGCUCACAAACGUUGGCACGCCUGCUGCCGCCUUCUUAGGCCAGACAGUCGUCUGUUUUCGCAAUCUGCGGCAUUCGGCACCGGCGACAAAAUUUCGCGACGGAAACACAGCCAAACGCGGCUUACAAGCAAUAUCCUGUGCGAUUUCCCUCACGUUGCCUUCUGAAAGACGAAACUUCAGCCUAUCGGGAAAUAAUUCGCAAGAAUCAAGUUUCAAACUGCAAGCAAAGCUACUGCACAGCAGACUGUCAUUCAUAAAUGUCCCGUUAACAUACCGGUAUAACAAGGAUUCAGACAUUACUAUCUUUAUUAACAGUGAGAACAGUUUUCUGAAGGAAAGGCGUCACCUUCAUGUUUACAUCAGAAUUUCUUGGUGCUAUAUUUCUCGACAGUGAAUGGAUAUUAAUGUGAAGUUAUAAACAGAUACAAACAUUUUUUUCACUAAACAAACAGAAUAAUAGAGAAUACGUGUGGGAAGGGACAAUAUUGUUUACAUUUCGACAAUACUGCUACCUGAAGCCAAACAUUAGCAGCACAGACAUUUCACUCCAAUGGAUCCAGAGAUGUUAGUGCAACUGGUGCUGCUAGCGGCAACAGCGCUGCUAGUACCGCGCCCUGCCACUGGCGGCGCUGUCAUCAGCUCUUCUCCAGGCUGGAGACCCAUUCCAGACCCAAGCCCCGGCAUCGGCCUGACGUUGGGUUCUGCAGCGCCUGCAGUAUCCUACCAGAACUUGGUCAACAAGAUAUCCACCCUGGACGGGCCCGAAGGAAUAUCUUCACCACUAUACGGUGCGAGUCAAGGAUUCGGUGAAGCGGAUGGGGGGCAGUGCGCCCUCUACAAAGUCACAUUCACACAGGACCUCUAUUUCCAGUACAUUCAGUACAAGGCGGACAUUCCAGACAUCCAGCAGUUCACCCUCUGCGCUUGGACCAAGUUCACCAACCACUCCAACGACCACCCGAUAUUCUCGUACGCUGUGCCAAACCAGCCACGCGCCAUCUACGUGUGGGUGUCAUCGACGCAGCGGUCCAACUACUGGCAGAUGUCAGUGAACGGACACACCUUCUACCGGCUCAACUACCCGCUGAGGCUGCAUCGCUGGUACCAUUCGUGCGCCUCCUGGAACAGCCAGACUGGAGAAUUCCAGCUCUGGGUGAACGACGAGAGGGUCGGCAGGGGAUUCCACAACAGGCUGGUGGGCUACACGAUCCCAGGAGGCGGAGUGGCCAUCACGGGCCAGGAGCAGCGCCAGCCCGGAGGCGGCUUCCUGGAGGGCCCUGGAGCGCCACUGGGCUCUGGAGGCAUGCUGGGCGAGGUGACCAUGGUGUACCUGUUCGGCGCGGCGCUGGCCGCGGGCAAGGCCCACCGCGACCACAAGCACCACCACGGCAACCACCACGAGGACUACCCGGCCAACGGGCAGUCGCCCGCCUCGGCCACGCCGCCCCCUCCGCCUCCGCCGCCCCCGCAGUUCAUGCACCCGCUGCUGGUCGCCGGCCAGAUCGCGCCCCGCGGCCAGAACGUCAUCCAGCAGAUCGAGGGUUCGAGGCCCCGUCUGCCCGAGCAGCCGCAGCAGCAGCAGCAGAUCCUCUCAGGAAGCAUCUUCGGGGUGGACGGUCUGGGACUGGGCGGGGACUCCUUCCUGUCCAACAAGGCCUUCGAGGGGUCCCUGCUGGAGGGCGGCGCCGUGUCCAGCCACAAGCUGUUCAAGAGGCAGCAGGAGCAGGAGGCGCUGCACGGGGACUCCGACGGCCAGAGGCUGGAGCUGGAGGAGGGCCGCUCCACCACCAGGAGGAGCAGGGAGCUGCACGUCGCGCCCGUGUCCGAGGACCCCGAGGACGAGUACACCACGCCCAGGUACAAGGCCAAGAUGCCGCUGAAACUCAGCAAGAAACUGUGGGCCACCUCCAGAACGUCCAGCUCUGCCGAAGAGGCGCACACCAGCAAGGCCGACAGUUCCACGGAGAGUGUCGACAGCGAGCCAGCGACCAGCAGUCCCGUCAAAAAGGUGGCAGACAGGGCGAGGAAGUCCCCUGUGACCAAGAGGGCCACCAACGAGCCCAAGGCUCCAGCCGAGGCCUCCGACCUGGAGGAGGAGGUCCUGGCAGAGGCUGACGGCGACGCCAAGAACUCGCGCACCAGCAAGAGGGGGGCCCUCCUGCCCUCCGAUGACCUCUUCCUGAGCUCCAGCGCCAGUCUGCUCAGCCAGCCCAGUUCCUCGCCGGUGCUGUCGGGCUCGUUUGCCUUCAGUAAGCUGCCUGUGGAGGCGGCGCCAUUGUUGCUGCAGCCUGGGACACCUCCUCCAUUGUUGGAGCCAGAGGCGGAGCCCUACCCCCGAGAGCCUGCCGAGGGGGAGGUGGCCGAGGUGAUGCGGGUCUGCUCGGGGUGCGACCCCGAGCCGUUCAAGGCAGCCGCCAUCAUCUCGUGGCGUGCCACGCCCAAGAAGGUCUACUCCGGCGCACUCUACUCGCUCGCCAACCCGGAGUGCAGGAAGUUCUGAUCCUCUGCAUUACAGACUCUGUGACAAUGUGAUGUGAGGUUGGAUUUGGAUCCACUGGUUUCGCCUUGUGAAUGGAUGGUUUAUGGUUUGUGUGAAGAGGACUUCUUGUUCGUAUAACUGGAAAUAAUAGUGAAUUCUGUGUAUGUGCAUCUACUUGAUCACCAUCAUCUGCUGCACAUUCAUGGAAAUAUGGGAGGGGAUCGUUGCAUAGUGUUGGAGAGUGAUAUAGGCUACUAUAUGACCGAGUAAGUUGGUCACCACAUUGUCAUGCAGCAUGCACAAACUGUCCUGUGCAUGGGUAGGCAAAGUACACAGAAGUACAAAGUGGUCCAUCUGUGUGACAGUGCCAACUGUUUGCUGCAUAAUCUGGCCAUAUGCACUGCAUUCCAAACUGUCUGCUGCAUACUCAGGUAAUGUACACACAGCUGCAAACUCUUUAGUACAUAAUUGCAAAAAGGCUGCACAGUCAGGUCUGUCUGCAUGACAGUGUAAACUGUCUGCUGCACAGUCAGCUUGUCUGCACGAUAGUACAAACUGUCUGCUGCACAGUCAGGCUGUCUGCAUGAUAGUACAAACUGUCUGCUGCACAGUCAGGCUGUCUGCACGAUAGUACAAACUGUCUGCUGCACAGUCAGCUUGUCUGCAUGAUAGUACAAACUGUCUGCUGCACAGUCAUGCUGUCUGCACGAUAGUACAAACAGUCUGCUGCACAGUCAGCUUGUCUGCAUGAUAGUACGAACUGUCUGCUGCACAGUCAGGCUGUCUGCAUGAUAGUACAAACUGUCUGCUGCAUAGUCAGGCUGUCUGCAUGAUAGUACAAACUGUCUGCUGCACAGUCAGGCUGUCUGCAUGACAGUGCAAACUGUCUGCUGCACAUUUAAGUUGUCUGUCUGACAAUGCAAACAGUUUGCUGCAUAGUGAGGCCAUCUGUCUGACAAUGCAAACUGCGUGCUAUAUGGUCAGGUUAUCUACAUGACAGUGCAAACUGUCUGCUGCACAGUUAUGCUGUCUGUCUGACAAUGCAAACUGCCUGCUGCACAGUCAGGCUGUCUCAAUAACAGUGCAAACUGUCAGUUGCACAGCUCGGCUGUCUGUGUAGCAAUGCCUAUUGUCAACUGCACAGUCAGGCUGUCUCCAUGAAAGUGCAUACUGCCAGCUGCACAGUCAGGCUGUCUGCACGACAGUGCAAACUGUCUGCUGCACACUCAAGCAAUAUAUGUAGCAGAGAUAACUAUUCCCUACACUAUUGCACAGUUUGCAAAUUGUUACAAUAUUUUGACUGCAAUAGGACCAGAGACUGUCCACUGCACUAUUGUGCCACCUACACAAGAGCAGAAACUGCCCACUGUGUGUAAAUAGAAAACAGUUCCUCCCAAUAUCCCACAAUCUGCACCAUGAGUACUGUCCUGGAAUGUGCACAAUAGUGCAAACCAUCACCACAAACCUGUGCAGUCAGUUUGAUCAUACCAGCAGUCUACUGCACGACAGCGAAAAUUAUCCACUGCCCCAUCACACUCCACAUCUUGAACCUGCAAGAUAAUGCAAAUUGUCUUAUGCACAAUUGUGCUAUCUGUAAAGAGGUACAAAUUUCUCUCUUCUAAAUUGGGAGUUUUGUGUAAAUGGCUACUUACAGCUGUGCAGAUGGGUAGAAAGACAAUUGCAUGAGUGUACAGAAGCACAUACGAGCCAAUGCAUGGUAUAUAAAUACAUUCUGUACAAUUACUUAUGAAUGGUGGGCUCCAUGUGGUUCCCAAGUUGUGCAGCGACUGUAAACCAUAAAAUUACCAAAUAAGCAGCAACCAGUCGCAAAAUCAUGUUUUAUUUAUUUACUUUUGCAAAUCGAUUUAAACUGAUUAACAGCUUACUUGUUCCGAGAUCAUAUUAAACAUAAUUUUUUGUUCAGUUAAAUCAAAUGCUUUGUAAUCCCCAAAAAACCUCCCUAAAGCAAAGUGUACAUGUUCACCCUUUAUGAAGUGCACAGUUAAUUUAAUUUUACGUCCACUGAUGUAAACAGGAUGUAGUAUGUCCUAUAUAUCAACAUGAUUCAGCUGAAAUGAGGGAAAAACUACAAUGACAAGACGAAGACAAUAAAAAGCUUUGCGGCUGCAGAUGUGAUAAUUCAAGUGAUGACAUCUGUAUCCCCUGUUGAUUUCUCUGUUUCUAGUUUCAUGCAAUUUUUCCUUCAUUUCACGUAUGUCCCUUCCCAAUAUCGCCAUGAUGAUGCAGUGACCGCCAGCAAUUGUUACCAUAAUACAUUCGGUUUAUAUUCAUCUACAGUCGUCAUCUUCAAUCAUUAUUUUGUAUCUCAUCUAUUAAUUGUUCCAAACUUUGGAAGUAAAUGUUAUUUUUUAUUUAUUAAACCAUUUUUUUGUGUUACGAUGAAUUUUUACUGUCGAAGUGUUAACUUUAGUAGGGGAUUUUUAUAAAUGUGUAUUUUGUGUAAUUUUUAUACAACAAACACAAACAAAGGCUUGAGAAAAGUGCCAACAUGUCUGUUAUACCUCUAACGACGUUUGGUUGCAGUUUCUAGUGAAUGAUACAAUCUACAUUUCCAUUUGUUCUACAGGAAGAUAUGUGCAACGUUUCUACGGUAGCAUCGAAAAUUCAAGUAUUUCAGUGUUGAAUACUCAUUUUCAGAUAUGUGUUACUAGCGCUGUGGUUUUGUGCUCUGAAUCGAAACUACAUUCCUUUAUCGCGUUUAAAAUCUUAUAGUAGUGAGAAAAGCUGCCCAUAGCUGCAAAUAUUAAGUGAAGUUUUGCAAUAAUUGCACUGCAACACAUCGUUUCAUUAUCAUCUGUUUUGAACAAAAAUAAAGCUUUCGUGUUGGCGCAAGACAAUGGCUUAGGCUUGAUAAUGGGUCUUAUAGAAUAUCAGUGAAGACAAAAGUUGUCAUUAUUCUUUGUUCACCUUUCUAAUUUUUCAUCUUUUACAUAGAGAACUCAAAUUUGAACUCGAUUCAGAUCAUGCACCCACUGUCUAACAGAUUUAAAAGCCAUCAACUGAAGAUGAACACCAACCGCUGGUAAUGAUUUAUGUCUUUGUUUUAUUAAAUUUUCACCUCCGUGGUCUAAA